UCGAGCGUGCGCAUCAGUCUCUUUCGAAUAUUCGACACUGCUGGUGGAUCGAUUCUGCGUCGAAAAUGCUUCCCCGACUCUUAUCGUUGAGUUUGGCCCUGUCACUGAUCUUUAUGGUCAGUGGACAAUGGAACGAGUUCCAGAAUCCUUACUAUGUGCAGAAUGGCAGACACGGCAACCCGCACCAUCACCGCCACCAUGGUCAUGGUCACCACGGAUAUGAUUCAGGCUUUUCAGGUCCACCACCCUUCGCCCACGGUCGCCUCCCACCACCUCCUGCGUACUACCCAGAUAAUCAGCCAUCGCCUUAUUACCCAUCUGGUGGCCCAGGGCGAGGAUUCCAGCCUGGCGGUCAGUUCGGAGGACAACCUGGUUUCAACAGGGGACAACCGGGAUUCCAGCAACCCGGUGGAGAAUACCCCAGCGGACAGGGGCAGCCUGGCUUCCAGCAACCAGGAGCAGAACCUACCAGAUGGCAGCCAACGGGAAAGCCCCCAGGUUCUCAACAACCCGACAGCGAUGAGGAGGAGCCAACCUAUCACGGCGGAUUCCAACAACCAGGCGGAGGAAACACUCUACAGCCCAGACCAGGCCAAAACACUGGAGGAUUCCAACAGCCAGGUGGCAGGGGAAAUACUAUACAGCCCAGACCUGGACAAAACGCUGGAGGAUUCCAACAGCCAGGCCAGAGCUCUGGAGGAUUCCAACAGCCAGGUCAGAGCACUGGAGGAUUCCAACAGCCAGGGCAGAGCACUGGAGGAUUCCAACAGCCAGGUGGCAGGGGAAAUACUAUACAGCCCAGACCAGGGCAAAACGCUGGUGGCUUCCAACAGCCAAGCGUUAACAAUCCCAUUCAACCACGUCCAGGCAGCCAAGAGGAGGACUUCUCUGGGUUCAACUUCCAGUCACCCAAAACUCUGCAACCACGACCUGGUCAGGGUCAGGAGAUCGGAAGCUCUGGCGCUGGCAGUACCAUCCAACCAGUUCCUGGCCAGCAGCAGCCCUCUGUGAUCCAACCGAUUCCCGGUCAGCAGCAGCCCUCUGUGAUCCAACCCAUUCCUGGCCAAGAUUCAUCUGCUGACACCGUGGGCAACAACAUCAAGGACCUCUUCAGCACCCAGGACUUUCUGUCCCCCAAACUGAGCCAAGCCCCGGGAGCCAACAGGGAUCCCAAGUCGGAUGCUGUGGAAGUGAAUCCGGAGGCGGUGAAUGAGCGAAGCCUAUUCGACCUGGAUCCCAAGUGCUCGGCGGGAACCAAACUGAUGGCAGGACGGUGCCGGAAGGAGGCCUAGUAAGCUACUGGAAAAUUCAAACCUGAAAGAUACUGAUGUUGCCAACAUAUAGAUUUCAAAAUUUCAUUUCUUCAAUAAAUGUCUCCUUAUGAGUUAUCAAAAGAA